AUGAAGUCCGCAAUCAUCUACGCCCUCAUCCCCCUCGUGGCUGGCCACGGUGCCAUCAUCAAGGCUACCGCACCCGGCGGCGGCUCCGGCAUGGCUCUCGGUGUUGACCCCAACACUCCUCGUGACUCCACCCGAAGAGACCCCGGCCAGCAGGAUUCUACCCGCUUCAAGGGCGAUGCCGCUGACACCGUCGGCGAGACCCUCGGGGGCGGCAGCAACGACAUUGACGCCGGUACCAAGGCCAUCAUGGCCAUGACCGGUGACAUGCUGCCCCAAGUCGCAGCUGGCGGUGAGAUUCAGAUGACCGUCCACCAGGUCAACGGUGACGGUGCCGGCCCAUACGCCUGCAUGAUCAACACCGACGCCACCGCUGCUCAGUGGACCGACAUCCAGGUCACCACCAACGUUCCCGGUGAGGCUGGCCGCAACAGGGACGGUGCCACCACCGACUUCCCUCUCAACGCCGAGAUCCCCGCUGGCACCUCAUGCACUGGUACCGUCGCCGGCCAGCAGAACGUCUGCAUGGUCCGAUGCCAGAACCCCGCUCGUGCCGGUCCCUUCGGCGGUGUCGUUCCCGUCCAGAUGGCUGGUGCCAACACCACCGCAAACACACCCGCUGCUGCACGCCGCAACCUGGCCAUGGCCAUGAAGCGCGACGUGAUGAUGCUCAAGAAGAUGGUCAAGCGCGCCUCAUCCAUCGAGGACGACGCCGAGGAGCUCGACAUCCCCGAGGCGGACCUCGCCCAGCUCCGCGAGGACGGCGAAGAGAUCUGA